AUUCACUCUCGCUUAGCAUCACAAUGGAAGCUGCAGACAUAAAAGCACGCUGGAGGCCAGAAGCUGCGCAAGCUCGAGCUCGCCCACCCCGCCGUUCGAUCUAUCAAAAACCUCUUUCUGGGCUUGUCCUGAACCCUGCGUAUCUGCUCCCCGAUAACGCUGCGGGCGUGGAUAACAUAACCGUCGAGAGUUCGACGGCUAUAGCAUCCCUUCUGCUGUGGGCAUCAAAUUUGUAAUUUCGAUAGUCCAUAAGAGUCGCGCGUCUGCGGCCAAUACGGCAGGACUCCGAAUGGCUCCCUUCUUCACUUUCACCCCCAACCAGACGAGCGUGAAUUUCGCCUGGCCUCCGGAGGUUUCGGGCCUCGAGCGGAUCGCCUUGUCCGCCCAUGGCGACUUGCAGCGCAUUCUGAGCGCCUUCUUCGCGCGACCCAUCAACAUUGCGACUGUCUAUUCGCACACAUACACCGAGGAGGCUGAAGGCAAGCGCUCCUUAUCGCUUCCCGCCGACGAGCGCAUCGCCUCGACGUCUGCCUCGACCCCGAUAUACCAAGCGCGCCAAGUCGAGCUGCGCUGCUCCGACAAGGUCGUCUGCACCGCGACCUCGACCAUCAUCCUCCGCUCGCCGAAGGCCGCGCGCCUGUUCCUCGAGGACAAGUUCGCGGUUGGGCAGAUGUUCAGCAAGCUCGGGAAGCCGGCGGACGCCGAGCUGCUCGAGGUCGGCUUCGACACCAGCAAGGACGGCACGCAGAACCUGUGGCGGAAGUAUCUGCUGCAUGUCGACGAGCUUGCGUGCGAAAUCCUCGAGGUCUUCCCAUCGAGGGAGAUGUUCACGAAGGGCGUGUGCUGGCUGCUUGAUGAGCAAGCGCCCGCUGCACCGUCGUCUGAGGAUUCGAAGGCAGCGAUGGCGCAGACCCAUCAAUUCACUCUCACAUUGAAGCCUAGAGACGUGCUUCACUGCUUCCUCAUCUACAGUCUUCCCCUUCUCGUGUAUAUCAUUGCUGUAAGGCAAGGGUUCUUGUCCUUCGUCUAGUGCCUAGAAGUCCCUUUUUCUCACCCUCUCGUCGCCUCGCCGCCACGUUCAUACCAAUGUACUAUAGUUCGUCCAGGGGUAUUCGCCAUAGAAUUCAGGUAGUAGUUCUCCUUCAGCGUGUGUAUGUACAUCACGAAAGGGGGACAUGAAGGUGCAAGGCGACCGAAGUUCGACGAAGGUCAGUAAUAUCCCUCGGAAAAUGCCGGUCGGAGAUGUCCAAUGAGUAUCCG